UGAGUUCUGAGGGUGGGAGCCGUAGAUUACAGCGUCAUCCUGAUCUAGCAGUCAAUACAGUUUCUGAUGGCUCCAGGGAGAAGUUGUGUUGUUUAUCAGAUCUUCUUACUGUAUCAUCUGCUGUAUGCGACUGAUUAACCUUUGCUCAAGAUGUUGCAUCUGGCUUCUCGUGGAAUGUUUUCGGUAUUUGCUGGCAGAGUUGGUCUCCUCUUGUCUGUCAUGUGGCUGCAGUUGGUUUUAUAGUACCUUCCUGACCGUAAACAAGGUCAAUUGCAAGAGAGAAGCUCAACAACACAACAUCGCAAUCAAGGUGUGUUUAAUCGAAGAACAUGGCUGGUGAAAAGCGUGCGACCCAGCUUCAGUUCAUGAAAGCCUCCACCACUAUCCGUCUUCGAGACCUUUACGAUCCCAAGCCUCAACCUCCCAAAGCCCCCGUCCGGAUCCGCCCUCCUAGUCCGAGAACUCCCCCCGCAAAGGAACCUUUUUUAAGCCACGGCAUUCCCAGCGAUCUUCCAACUAAGACAAUCAUGAGGAGACGAGCUCAAUCUCUUACUUCGUCUGCAGAGAGGAAGAGGGAGCUUAGAAGGCUGCAGGUUCGCUUUGUGGACUCACUGGGCCUUCAAUUAGAGGAAAUUAAGGUCUUUAAAGUUCAGGAAAAACCCCUAGUACCUCAACAUGUCAUGUUCAGGCUGCUGAUGAGCUCUGAAUGGGCUUUCAGCAAGUCAAUGGAGCUGUCUUUGCCUUAUUUCAAACCCUGCUUUCCUGAAAAUAUGGGAGCCCAGCCAGACUUUCUGAAACAUCUCUGCUCUCAGACGGUGUGUUUGGAGCAGGUUGUGUGUUCAGAUCAGGGGAUAACAGGCACAAUACAAGUGCUGAAUUUAGCUUAUGAGAAGCAGGUCACGGUGCACUACUCUUUCACCAACUGGAGAACGCAUUCGGACACAAAGGCAUCCUGGGUAUCGAGUGGGCACCGAGGGGAGUCAAACGCUCCAGAAACAGAUGUCUUCAGGUUUCAUCUUCCCGUCCCGCCCUUCAUCAUGCAGCCAGGAGCCAUGCUGGAAUUUGCAAUCUGCUAUCACGUGAAAGGAUGCGAUUACUGGGACAACAACAACGGCCACAAUUACAAACUGUCAUGCCACAGCUACAAAGUGACUGUGCCAAGGGAGUGUGAAGAUAGCAUGCUGCAUUUUACGUGAAUGGCCACAUGGGGGAGCUGCAACACCCGACAAAAAACUCAGCUUUCUCUACAGCAACUCUUAUAAUAAUGACCCUUAUAUAUGCAGUGCUAGGAUGUAGGUAAAUGCAGUUAUUUCAGUUCAGUUGCACUUUUACAGAGGCAAAUCUACAUGCAUCUGAUGUGUAGUUACACGACUUUUUCAUAUUAAAAUUUGAAAAAAAACAUUUAAUGAUGUUGCACUGACCUGCUGCCCAGUGUAAUUUGAAUAUUCAUACUUUCAGCUACAAUUUGUAUUUUCACAUUUUCCGCACUAAAAAGCAUGUUGAAUGCAGGACUUUUACAUGUAAUCACAGUGUAGUGCUGUAUAUAGAAUAAAACACUGGAGUGGGUCAAGCUUUUAGUUUACAGGGUAAAAGCAGUUAUAAUGAAUACUAUUUUCUUGGGUGAUCUGAUCAUUUGUACCCAAUAUGAGAGUAAAUAGAAUAUAAAGGCAUUGCUAGUGUCAAAAAAUGCACAAAGAAAAUAAAUAACUGACUGUUUUUUAAUACAGCUAAUGUUCUUUGGUGAAACUUGGGUCAUUUUGUCACCACUGAUUUUAGUAUCGCACUUCCAGACAGAUUUUUUUUUUUUUUUAAAGAAUGGUCACAUAUAAAGCAGCCGAGGUUAAGAUAUGCUGACAGUUUUGUAGUGUGUCAGUAAGAUGUGAGAAACAUGACAGCAGUUCAGUGUCUUCUGAGGCCUGGCAUGAAACUUAUAACACAGGUUUUAUGUUGAAUUUUGGAAGUUUCAAGAUAACCAGUUGAGUUCCCCUUUAAAUGAUGCCACUGUUUGAACUCAGGGAGGGAUUUUUGUGCUCCUGCUGGGCUUUUAUUUAGAUUAAACCCCUGCCACCUCGACUUGCAGAAGAAUUCACUCACUCUGCACUUUUUGCAAAGCCACUGACCUAAUUUAACGGUCUGAAUUGUUGCAUCUUACCACAGAAUUUACACAAAGCAACAAGUGAACAUAUUCUUCCCUGAUCUCACCCAAAAGACCUGCUGCAACCCGAGCAGCUUCUGCAAACAGGGCUUGACCCCAUUCUUCUGCAGCUUGUUUUGUUUUAAGGAGGAGGAUUACAGGGGAGAAGUGUUUACUCGACCCGUAGAUCCCAGACAGUGCUGACCUUUCACCAAAAUGCUUCCACUGAUAUGGGAGCCCAGAUUCCAGAGUGCUUUCUGGCAGGCGCUGGGAUUUGGCUCACAGGAGGACAUUCUUCCAUCUGCAUUAGUCACAGCAGCUGUAUGUGUGCGCGUUUUAACCACAGCAGCCACCUCAGCUGACCGCCUGCAGAGCAUAUCGGGUCCUCUUAUAGUCACUUAUCAGUCACUAUCACUGGUCAAAUGUUAUUUCUUUCUAGAUUUUGAAUUGUAGAAACGCUGCAAAAAUAUUCAAACUGCUUUGUGGUUGUUAAUAAAGUCUUAUUUUUCUACAACGUGGAAAAAUUUCAUUUGAAUUUGAUUAUAAGGUCAAUCUGUUAAUUAAAUAAAUUUUUCCAACUAA